UAAGAAGGAUUACCAACCACUUUUAAAUACGUUUUAGAUAAUUAAGAAUUAAAAUUCUUAUACAUUUAAUCAUAGUUACUGAUGGCUUUAUUAAAGCGAGGCUCAAGACCCGGUAACCCUGCCCAAGAUAAGCUGUUAGAAGAUGGAUGGAUUAUUAAGGUGCAUAAAGUGAAAAAGCAGACAGGAGGCGCAUUUCAUACGACGAAGCCUGUGCAGCUCUCCAGUAACAUUCGUUGUAAUGUCGCUUUAAGCGGCUAGGAGGCGCUCUUGCGCUGGCAGUGGGGUGUUUGCUGAAAGUCGCUGGGGGAAGGACGCUGUACCGAGGUAGGAAACGAAUCGGCGUUUGCCUCCAUCAUGUGAGGCAGCCGACUGCGCCAGACGGUCCGAGCGGGAGAGGCGCACACGGUGCCGGGUCAGAGAAUGGAGGUGGGGUCCUCGGCAGGUCCCCUGAACUCCGCCAGCCUGGGGAAAAACGGCAGCAAAGGCAAGGUCGACUCCUUCAGGCUGCAUGUGGUCACGUGGAACGUGGCUUCCGCAGAACCUCCGGGUGACGUCAGUGCACUGCUUCAGCUGGCUGCGAACCGGCCCCCUGAUCUCUAUGCUAUUGGCCUGCAGGAGGUGAAUUCUACUCCCCUGAAGUUUGUGGCAGACCUGGCCUUUGAGGAUUCCUGGAGCAACGUCUUCAUGACCAGACUAGCAGCCCAGGGCUACAUGAAGGUCAGCUCCAUCCGUAUGCAGGGCCUCCUCCUCCUCCUCUUCUCGCGGCUCCAUCACGUGCCCUUCAUCCAUCACAUCCAGACCACCUACACCCCUACUGGCGUCUUGCGCUACUGGGGCAACAAGGGCGGGGUCUCAGUGCGCUUCUCCUUCUAUGGCCACACCCUCUGCUUCCUGAACUGCCAUCUGGCUGCGCACAUGGACUACGCCUUGCAGCGCGUAGACGAGUUUAAGUACAUCCUGGGCACGCAGUCCUUCAGCGCGGCCGACACGCCCCACGUCCUCGACCACAGGCUGGUGUUCUGGUUCGGGGACUUGAACUUUCGCAUCGCAGACCACGCCACGGGCCUGGUUCAGUCUGCCAUCGAUAACGAGCGCUUCAGUCUGCUAUGGGAAAAGGACCAGCUGACCAUGAUGAAGAAGGAGGACGCCGUCCUGCAGGAGUUCCAGGAGGCACCCCUCAGCUUCAGACCCACCUACAAAUAUGACCUGUUUUCAGACACGUAUGACACCAGCGGUAAAAAGCGGAAGCCGGCCUGGACCGACAGGGUCCUGUGGAGGCUGAGACCGAAGGCCCCACCCACACCCAAGGAAGGUGGGGUCGGAGUGUGCGGGGGGCCGCAGGAGGAGGAGGACGCGAAGUUCCUCUUCAAGGUGGUGCAGGAUGUGUACACCUGCUGCAUGGAGUACAGCUGCAGCGACCACAAGCCCGUCAUCGGCACCUUCAGCCUGGAGCUGCAGAAGAAGGUGGGGGUACCGUUGGCGCGCUUGCGUGCCGAGGGCGAGUGGAGUGCAGACGCUGACGCUUUGCUAACCUACAGCGUCAUGGAAUCCUUCCCCGCCAGCGCCUGGGACUGGAUCGGCCUCUACGCGGUAGGUUUCAGGAGUGUGCAGGACUACAUCAGCUACACGUGGGUGAAGGAUGCGGAGGUGUCCCACAGCGAGGAGCUGAUACAGGUGUAUGUGAGCAAGAACGAAAUACCAGUCAGGGGUGGCCAGUGUGUGCUUGGAUACUACAGCAGCAAAAUGCAAUGCAUUGUGGGUCUCAGCCCACCCUUCCAGGUGCACGAGUCGAAGGUGGCAAUGGACGAGGGGGCGGUGCCAGAAAACCAUUACGGAUUGGACUUUAGGGCUGUCAAUUAAAGCAGCUGGAAGUCUCCACUGGCUGCUCGCCCUAAUGGACACACCCUCUCUUUGAGUGGCAUCUUGAUACCACGCCCCACCUGGAAGGGCAUUUAGUGUUUGUACUAUAGGGAAAAGAAGUCAUUUUACUGUUUUAAAUAUGCAAAUUUUAAUAAUUUAGUUUUGAAUACGUAAAAAAAAACUUGAAUAUGUAACCAAAAAUGUAGAGUUUGGACCUCUGGCUUUGAUAAUGGUACAUUCCUGUAGACAGCAAAAUCUAUAGUUAUUUAUUGAGUAGCGUCUUUCAAAGCCGUAAACAUUUAUUUCUUAUGAAGUAUUUCUAUUUAAAAGAAUUCUCAUUCCAUGUUCGCUUUACAAGUCUGACAUUUACGGCGGGUAUCAUGUUGACGUUGGGAGGUGGAAUUAUAGGUGGAGACAAACAGGAAAGUGCGUCAACUGGAGUAGGUCCAGUUAGGUACACUGGGAAAGAAAACAACAAAUGGGGAGAAAAUAAGAGCGGGAAUUAUGCAAGCAGUGUUUAAAGCUGUUAUAUGUAUAUAUAAAACAGCAGGAGAAUUGUUUGUUACUAUUGAAUUGUUUGUUACUACUGAAUUGUUUGUUACUAUUCUUACUGAUAUGCGGAAAUAAGCUUUCGUUUCCCGGACACUGGACACGAGCUGCAGUGCUGCGCGUCUCUGCUCGUCUUCGUUUUGGCUCGCGCGUGCCCGCGAGGUGCGGCUGAUUGUGGGGGAAGCUGCAGUCUAACGUGGCCGUGGGAUUUUUGGGUAAAGCACAGGGGUGACAUUUUGUUUGCUAUAAAAGGAUUAUUUGAUUCGUUCCCCCCUUAGAAGCUGUUUCCACUGUCUUGGAUGGAUUAGUGUCCUCCCAUGACCAGACUCGUCUGUCUAUUUUUAUCAUUGUCCUUCUGCAUCCACGCAGAUAUACGUACGAUGUCUGAAGAAUCCACAUUGAUCUCUCAGUUAAUUAAAAAAAGAAAACGGAGUACAAAUUUAAAAUGCAAUAUUAAACACAGUUUGUAUUUAAUGUUAUUUAACCUUUUCUUAUAUGAUUACCAUAGGAGCUCAUUAGUCAUCUCUCUACAUUUGCGUUGCCUUUUAAAUUAAAUGUUAUUAAAGAACGCAGAUUGUACAAAUGAGUUCAUGAUUGUCCCUAUAAUAUUCUUGGUUUAUGUGGUAGUAAUUGUCAUGCUGUUGCUAUUGUUAUUUUGGUAAUGACUUUAUAUAGGUCUUGUACAAAAGCAGUCUCACUACCGACCUUAUGUUACAGCUGAUGGCUUGUUAUUAAAACAGAAAAGCAA